CGCCCAGGUGGGUGAAUUAGGAUCGAGGAUUAGAGACAGACGUAAAACAGAAGACUAGAUCCAAUCUGAUUCGGCUGCCGUCCCAUCGCAGCACAGCAAAUGUCAGGGUUAAGGGUCACGAGUAAGCACUCCCCGCCUCCUAAAUCUUAUUGGCCCACGCUUGGAUCGACGGCGCUCUCGACCAAUAGGGACGCAGGACGGGGAGUUCCUGUAAGGAGGAGCAGCUGCGCAGAUGUGCGUGAAGGAGACAGCAGGAAUAGCUUCUCACGGCGAGUCACGAACUGCUGAGGCACCAAAAACACGGAAGAUGUCCUUUGUCAGCGACAGACUGUACAACGGGUACCUGAGGACGAAAAUGUCGACCUUCGCGACCAAGGUGAAAGUGAGAGAAAUAAUGACCCAUCUGCCCUGCUUGACUCUUCACGACCGGGAAAACAUCGAGGCAAAAAGGGAAACUAAUGGGAACUUCGACAGCAUGGUGAUGCUUCUGGAUUGUCUGAAGAGGCGAGAAAGCUGGCCGCAGCAGUUCAUCGACGCGCUCGAGGCGUGUGAGCACACGACUCUAGCGGCUGAGAUGCGAGCCGAGUACGACGCUCUGAGAGGCGCCAACAAUUCCAGCUCCCCUCCGGCGACCGUCGUCAGGGCACACGUCCAUCCAGCACCACCUGCCGGUCCUCCGUCUGCCCCAGUGGGCGGUGCAAAGAGUCAGGUCGCUGCAGCUGCUGCAUCUCCUCCAGAGCCGGCCCCCCAGGCACAGCUUCCCGAGGCUGUUUCUCCACCCGAGCCGGUCUCCGAGCCUGCGCAGGCGACCGAGGUCGAAGAGGCGGCCCGUCCCUCGGCACCUGCGGCUGCGACUCCACCGCAGAGGGAGGUUAACGCUCCCCAGGAGCCGGAGGAAAACUCGGAAUCAGACAUCCAGGAUGUCCCCGGUGAUAACGGCGUGACCCCGGAUCCGCAGAGCGUGGAAAACGGCGAGGUAUCGAUGGGACGGUGCGAAGCAGAGACGCCGUCGCACCCGGAUCCUCUUCAGACGACCACGACCUCCGCAGAGGUCGGGCCCCCACCGAUGGACUCCGAUGUCACCGACGGAUCCUCGUCCCUGGCGGUGACCCCGGAGAGGCCUCCGGUCCAGGACACCGCCGCCCAUGUGGACCUAAAAGCAGCGGUCGUCCUGCAGCCCGCAGAGAGCUUUGAACCUGCUGCCACACAGGUUGUUGAGAGCAACCCGGGGACAGAAGUCGCAGCCGCAACGCCCCCCCUGCCCGGCGCUAACGGGAGAGACGCCGCUCUCCAUGGCGACGACGACGUGUGUCUGAGCAAGCCGGGCCAACUCGUCAGCAUCCACCCGCCAAACAACGCCCGCCCCACAGGCUCUGGCCCCGCCCCCCCCGCGCAGCCCUACUCGGGCGACAGCGGGCGGCUGGAAUUCAGCAACCCCCCGACGGAGCCCUCGGCCGCCGCCCCGCCCCCCGCGGGCGCGGCGGCGCCGUGCCGGGAGAACGGCGUUCCCGUGAGACGGAACGAACCGGAGGAGGACCACUACGAGAGUCGCAGCUCGGAGGGGCCGCAGGUGAUGACGCACGUGGUGCACGUGUCCCAGGGGGCGUCCAUCCUCAACCUGGACGGCCAGAGCCCGGCGCCAGCUCGGGUUGGGAACGGCGAGGCGGCCGAGGGGGUCACGUCGGCGCCGUUCGCCUGCACCGGCGUGAAGUCGCCCUCGGGGCCCGAUGGUAUUUCCCCGCAGCUGAAGACGCCGCAGGAUUCGGAGAAGAAGACUGCAGCUCAUGCCAAGUACGUUGUGACGGCUGCAGGAGUGGCCGCCUGCGCCCUGCUGCUGGCGUGGAGGUUUAAGAACUGAGGAGAUUUAAUACCUUUUUUAAAGGGAGAUGAGGAAACUUAUGGUUAUGGUGCCUUUUUUUGUCUCUGGAACGGUCGAGAGGCAGCUGUUUAAUAAUUACCGACAGUAGUAAUGGCUGAUUUGUCAGACCGUUGAUCGUUUAUUAUUAAUGAAUUGAAAGGGUGAAUGUUUUUAAUGGUGGAUGAAACCAAACCUUCCCUUCUUAUAUUAGUUCUUCACGGAUCUGGGGUGGAGAUCUCAGGUUAUUCAUGCAACUGGCUGCCAGUAGGUGGUCUGUAAAGAUACACUUAAGCUGUAUAUUAGUGAUAAAAUUGUUUGUCUAUUCACUUGUCUAAUAAGCACUUUCAAGAUAAGACUGUCGGCAGGUCAUCCAGUAAAGAUGAAUGUACUAUGGAUCGGAAUUUUAUGGACUGUGGAAGAAAGAGUGCCAGCUUCACACUCUCUAAAUGAUGACUAGUGCUGUAUUUAUUUGUACAUAUUUUCACUAUAUAGGUAUUUUAACAUAGACUGACUGAUUUCAAAGCUGUCAUGUCUCAAAGAAUCAGUUUGAGUUCAUAAUUAACAUACAUUUGUAUAUGACCCAUGAUCCAUAUGAUCCAACCUGUUCAUCCAAGUUGCUUUAAAACCAUAUACUUUUCUUUCAAAGCUGGAGAGAGUGUUAAUCGUGAGCUGUCAUGUCAGUAGAUUAAUGUUUAACUGGGUUUUUAUAUGCUCAUUUUUGGGGUUAUGGCUUAUUUCCUCUGUUUAUCAUGUAAACCUUAUUGCACUUAUUGAGAUACUUGGUCCUCUCUAGCCAUCUUCUGGGGGGAAUUCGUUGGGAUGGCUUUUUAUUUCUCUAUUGGAUUUGUUCUCCAUUUUAAUUGAAGCCACUUUAAGAAUUUGUGUUCUGUGAAAUUACAUUUUAUUGUAAAUAGCAUUGUCAACAUAAACAAAUGCUAAAAGGAACAAGGGCUUUUGACCUGUAAACAUGCUUUGUGUAUUAAAUGUAUUCCUAUUAUGGAAAACAUUUGAUUUUAAGCUAUGCAUUUGACCCAUAUAAACAAAAACUUGAUAUUAAAAUAAUCCCUAUUUAGUGUGCAUGUCAUCUUCCUUGCAGAGAAACAGCAAUUUAAUGGGUGAGGUAAAUAACCAUUUUUUUAUGCAGAAUCCUUUUUAGAAGGAUAUUUUUCAACGGUUUAUUAACGUUUAUUGUUUCAUCGAAACCAACCAUAA